AUGGCUCCUCCAGCUUAUUAUCAAGAUAGCUUUGUUGAUCAUGAAUUAUCUAAAAAUUUAGAUUCGACAUUUGCUUUUGAAGGUCCAGAAAAAUUAUUGGAAAUUUGGUUUUGGAAAUCAGAAACUGAUAUCCCUAGUAACUCCAACGGUGAAGGAUUAAGAUCAAUUCCAUUAGAAUCAUGGGUUAAAAUAUUGGAUCUUGUCAAUUGUAAAAUCUUGUCAAUGAAGAGUUGUAAAUUUAUGGAUGCUUAUUUAUUAAGUGAAUCGUCAUUAUUUGUAUUUCCUCAUAAAAUGAUUUUGAAAACUUGUGGAACUACAACUACAUUGGCUUGUUUAAAGGAAUUAUUUCAAACUGUUGCGAAAUGUCUUAACAUGACUAUUGAUAGUAAGGAAGUUUACAAGAUUUUUUAUUCAAGAAGAUCUUUUAUGUUUCCUGAUAAACAAGUCCAUGUGCACAAGGAUUGGAAAAGUGAAGUUUCUUUAUUGAAUGAGUAUUUUAGUUUGGGCAAAUCUUAUGUUGUUGGUAAUUUUGCUAGUGAUGAUCAUUGGUAUCUUUACGUUGGUGGACAAGAAGUGGAGGAAGAUAAUUUGAAGAAGGAGAGUGUAUCCCAUCAACACAAAGUUGUUGAUCAAACUUUUGAGAUUUUAAUGACUGAAUUAGAUCCUCAAUGUGCAAGCAAAUUCAUUUAUUCAAGAAAACCCGGUGAAGAGGCUGAAAAUGAACAAGAUGAUUUAGGUCAUAAUUUAGGUUUUGACACUAUGGUUGAAACUGAAUUGGAUUCCAUUUUCGAACCAACUAACCGCAAUACUCAUUUGCCUUCACCAUCCUUAUCCGACCUUUCUGAAGAUGAAGAUUAUUGUAAAGUGAGAAAUUCCGCUGAGUCUGUUAUUGAUGGAGUUACUGUUACUAAAUCCUCACCUACCGAUUUUGAAUUUGUUCAUGAUGCUUUCGCAUUCACUCCCUGUGGAUACUCUUCGAACUCCAUUUGUUCCAAUGUCAAGGGUGGUUAUUACUACACUUUACACAUCACACCGGAAUCUGGCUGGAGUUAUGCAUCAUUCGAAACUAAUUUUCCCUUUAAUGACACAUACUCAAUCACUCAAAUCCUUUUCAAAAUUUUGAAAAUUUUCCAACCUCGUAAAUUCUCAAUGACUUUAAUUAAUGAAAUCUGUGAGGAUUAUGACUCCAACUAUCAAUCAUUAUUGGGAUCUGAUUUGAUCUUGAAGGAUUUGGGAUAUAAGAAACAUGAAAAAGUGGUUUAUGAUUUGAAAGAUGAGUAUCAUUUGUUGUAUAUGAAUUUUGAAAAAUGCAACUAG